AUGGCUCGCACUUUCUUCGUCGGCGGUAACUGGAAGAUGAACGGCUCGUUUGAGUCCAUCAAGUCGCUCACCCAGACUUUGACGUCGGCUAAGCUCGACUCCAACACUGAGGUCGUCGUGGCUCCUCCUUCGCUCUACCUGGUCGCUGUUCAGGAGCACCUCAAGGGCUCCAAGGUCGCCGUGGCUGCGCAGAACGCCUACCACAAGGCCAGCGGUGCCUACACGGGCGAGGUGUCCGUUAGCAUGCUCAAGGACGCCUCGAUCCCCUGGGUUGUCCUUGGCCACUCGGAGCGCCGAACGCUCUUCCACGAGUCGGAUGCCAAUGUGGCUGAGAAGACCGCGGCGGCGCUCGCCGAGGACCUCUCGGUGAUCCUUUGCAUCGGCGAAACGCUCGAACAGCGCGAGGCCAACGAGACGGUUAACGUCGUCGUGCGCCAACUCGACGCCGUCGCUGCCCAGGUCAAGGACUGGUCCAAGAUCGUCGUCGCCUACGAGCCCGUCUGGGCCAUCGGAACGGGCAAGGUGGCCACGUCGGAGCAGGCGCAGGAGGUGCACGCUGCCAUCCGCAAGUGGGCGACCGAAAAGCUCGGCAAGGACGUUGCCGACAAGCUGCGCAUCAUUUACGGUGGUUCGGUCGCGGCUAAGAACUGCAAGGAGCUGGCUCAGCAGCCGGACAUCGAUGGCUUCCUCGUCGGCGGCGCUUCGCUCAAGCCCGAGUUCGUCGACAUUGUCAACGCUAACGCUUGA